AUGGGUGAGAGUGAGGGAUUCCAAAAAUUCUUCGAGUGUUGGCUUGUUGAGCAAAAACGAGACCUCGAACAACUUGUAUCUGCCGUUAAGACUCACCGUCAAGACGGCAGAAGCAAUACUAAUCAGGGUGGCGAGGACAACCACAACCACAAUCACCUGCGUCCUCUCAUUCAACGUGUGAUCAACCACUACGAGCAUUAUUACAAAGUUAAAUCCAGAUACGGGAAGCGGGACGUCAUAGCAAUGUUAACCCCCUCGUGGAGGAGCAAAAUAGAGGACGCUUUCAUGUGGAUUGGAGGAUGGAGGCCUUCUAUGGCUUUCCAUCUUCUCUACUCCAAGUCCGGCCUACAACUUGAGCCAAGGCUCUCAGAGCUACUCAGUGGUCUCAAGACGGGAGACUUGGGAGACCUUUCUCCCGAUCAACUCACCCGCAUAGACGAGUUGCAGAGGAAGACGAUAAGGGAAGAAAAAGAGCUGGACGAGAAGCACGCCCAGGUGCAGGAGUCGGUGGCUGAUGCUUCCAUGGUCGAGUUGUCACACAUGGUGACCGAGUUAACAAGGGCUGGUGACGAAACAAUGGAGGAACAUGGACUCCAAGAUGAACGAGUUGCUUCAGCUCUGGCACCCAAGGAGAAAGCAAUGGUAGAUAUCCUUCAGAAGGCGGAUGAUCUUCGACUUAGUACGCUCAAGGAAGUGGUCAACAUUCUAAAUUUAAUCCAGGCUGCACAUUUCUUGACUGCUGCUGCCGAGCUGCACUUGAGAUUUCACGAAUGGGGAAUGAAGAGGGACGCCGCCGCCGCCGCUGCUGUGCACCACCACGCUUGACCAGGUGAUCGAGGUGGCCCCUUGUUGGAGCAAGAUUCACCACACAAUGCUCCACAACUUAAG